AAACCAGUUGUUAUUAACAUGGCUUGCAGCAUCUAGGAAAGGAGAUGCAUCCAGCAGGUUAUUUGCUCACUUUUCCUGAAAUUCCACAUAUCAUUUCUGUAGGUCACAUGUUAAUCGGAUUUAACAGAAAACAAUAAAAACCUUCUCUCUUAAAUAUAAACAGGAACUUUCUGCCAAGAGGUACUCAGUGAACAGACUGCUGAUUGAUAAUGGUUCGAAGAUCUCAGAGAGGGAGGCUGGGGAACCCAAGGCAAGAAACAGAUUUCAUGUUGAAGGCAGAGAAUCAGAACUCAUGUGCUACAAAUGGGAGAACGGCACACUGCUGUGGGGAGCAUAAAGGGAGACUGGAGUUAUUUUGUAAGGAGGAUGAGACCUUUAUCUGUGUCCUGUGUGUUCCCAGACAUUCCAGCCACAGUUUUGUAUACCUGCAUGAAGCUGUCAGUUUGUAUGAGGACAAGCUGAAAACAACUUUAACAUCUCUGGAAUCCAAAGUGAAACAUCUUGAAUAUCGGCAAAAUAAGCAGGAUAGGGAAAUUAUAAACAUACAUAAAGAUGCUUUUAGUUUGGAACAAUACAUUAAGCGAGAAUUUGUUAAAUUGCAUCAAUUUCUACAAGACAAGGAAGAAAAACUAAUGCAACAGCUCAAAAUUGAAGAAGGAAGAGAAAUGCAAGAAAGUCUUAAAUGCAUUAAAAAUGAUAUUACUGCCUUGCAUGUGGCAGUGCCUGAUGCUAUCUUGGAGCUUAAUAAUAAAGGAACAGCGACUGUGAAACAGAUGGAAAAAAAAUCUGACUACACUGAAAAUGCUGUUAUAGGUACUAAGGACUCAUCUGCUGGUAAUUUGGAGCUCAGACAGCAGGAUCUUGUUCACCUGCUAACAGUCCCAGAAUCCUUUGAGGAUGUUGCUGUUGCUUUCUCAGAAGAGGAGUGGAAGAUGUUAAAAAAACAGGAUAAGGAGCUUCACAGGGAAGUGAUGGUCCAGAACUAUGAAACCUUGGUUUCAGUGGGAUACAAAAUUCCCCAGAAGACAUUAUUACUACUAAUAAAAACAGAUGAUGAGCUGCAGGAGGGUGAUGUGAAGGAGAAAAAUACCACAGAGCAAAAAAAUAAUCUCAAAACUUAUGCCCAUGGUGUCAGAAGUACUAAACUCAGUGUGACUUGCAGUCAGCAGCCAUCACUUGGGAUACCCCAGUUAAAUUACCCAAUAGAGAACCUGCAGCAGUGUGCUCAGCCUCCAAAAGGCCACAGAAGGCUUCAACGUACUCCUAUGGCCCAGCUUCACUCAGGACAUAACCGCAGCAAGAACUCUGAAGGUGACAAUGGCAUACCUGUAUCAUCUCACUCAACAGAAAACCUGCAGCAGUGUACUCAGCCUGAUGAGCUUCAUCUCACUUCUGUAUCACAGCUUCACUCAGGAAAUAACUACAGCAAGAACGCUAUAUGUGAGAAAAGUCAAAGAGAUCAUAGAGAGAAGAAACUUUAUAAAAAUGUUGAAUCCAAUAAGGGUUUGACUUGUUUCAGUAAGCUUAGAGUUUGUCAUGCCAUUCAUACAAAAGAGAAACCUUAUAAAUGUACUGAAUGUGGUAAGUGCUUUAUACGUCUCAGUAGCCUUCAGUUGCAUCAAGCUGUUCACAGUGGAGAGAUGCCAUAUAAAUGUGAUGAAUGCAGCAAGUGCUUUGCACAAAAAGCACAGCUAAAAUACCAUCAAAACUCUCAUACAGGGAAUCAACCUUAUAAAUGUACUGUGUGCAGUAAGUGUUUCACAUGCCUUAGCAACCUUCGACAGCAUCAUGCUAUUCAUACAGGUCAAAAACCAUACAAAUGUGCCGAAUGUGAUAAAUGUUUCCCACGUCUCAGUAACCUUCGACAGCACUUUGUUAUUCACACUGGAGAGAAACCAUAUAAAUGUGCUGAAUGUGGUAGAGGCUUCACACAAAAAGGAGCGCUGAAACACCAUCAGAACUCUCACACGGGGAAUAAACCAUAUAAAUGUGCUGAAUGCAGUAAGUGUUUCCCACGUCUUAGCAAUCUUCGAGAGCAUUUUGUCAUUCACACGGGUGAGAAACCAUAUAAAUGUGCUGAAUGCAGUAAAUGUUUCCCACGUCUCAGUAAUCUUCGACAGCAUGAUGCAGUUCACAAAACAGAGAAGCGACAUAAAUGUACUGAAUGUGGUAAGGGCUUUACACAAAAGGGACAUUUAACAAAACAUCAGUGGUCACACACUGGAACUAAACCAUACAAAUGUGCUGAAUGCAGUAAGUGCUUUGCUCGAAAAGACCACUUAAAAGACCAUCAGAGAUACCACACUGGGUUUAAGCCAUAUAAAUGCCCUGUAUGUAGUAAGUGUUUUGCUCAGAAGGGGCACCUAAAACUUCAUCAAAACACUCACACAGGGUCUGGAUGGAGAGAUAAAAUUACUGAGAAAAAGGAAGGCGAAGUUUGAAAUGAAAUCAUUAUUAAACCUUAGUAGUGUCUGCAUGUGAUGGCUAGGUUUUUUUACUAAAUCUCACAAAGAAAAAUGGAUUAUAUUAAAAAAAAGUGAAUAUAAUGUGCACACACACAUGCAUACACACACACACACACACACACACACACACACACACACACACACACACACACUGUUGUAUCGGUCAUGAAAAAAGGAAUAAAUAAGGAAUGUGUGCACUUGUUCCAGGGUAAAAAAGUUGGCCAACUUUUGCAUAUGCACUAGGGCCAGGACUGAUUAAAAAAAAUGCUCUGAUCUUAGCAAUCCCACUACGACAAAAGAAAAUGGUAUGCCACAAAAAUAAAAAAAAAAAUAAUUAGCCAGGCAAGAGUGAGAGAGGUAAACAAUAAGGGAUAAUAAAGAAAUCACAUUUUCCUAUCACUGAGCAGUAAGUCCAGAAUUCCCAAGAAGAGAAUACAGGAGAGGAACACAAGAAAAACUAGAAAACAGAAAAAAUUGUUUCAUCUGAGAAAAAGUCAAAUUUAAGUCCUUAAUCAAACAAUUUAAAACAAAACUGUUUAUGGAUAAAAAAACUGUCAAUGCAUAUACAGCUGCAGUGGAAGAAGAAUUAAGAAAGCAGGAUGGUGCUCCAGAAAGUUUUAAAACCCAAAAUGGAGAAGUGUGGUAUUUGUAAUAGAAAAGGGAUUCAAUAUGAUUGACUGAAUAAGGAGGAAAAAGUGCUCUAUUAACUGAAAUGCUUACAGCAUUGUGAAAGCUGUUUGUGUGCAUUCACAUACAUGCUGUAUGUGUGUACAUAGGCAUCUAUAGGUAUAUGUAUAUUUGCACGUAUGUGUGUGUAUCCAUAUAUAUCUACAUCUAUCUAUCCAUCCUGUAUA